AUGCCCCUGCCCUCCUCCUCCUCCUCGUCUCCCCCUCCUCCUCGCCUCCUCUCUCCCCCCGUCUCUUUUCAUGCACACACUCCCUUGCUACAGUCGCAGUUGUCUCGGCAAGUACUGACUGCUACCUCCGCCCCCCAGUUCCUGGCCUCCCGGGCCUCGCUUUUGUUGCCGCAAAUCUUUGUUGGCCGCCGCCGCCGCCGCCGCUAUCUAUACGCUGCACCUUCCAUAUCUGAUUUCUCCUCCUCGGCUCAGCCCGCAGCUCAGCUCUUGCUCUCAGCAGUCUUGCCCAGCCUCUCAGCUCAACCCUUGUUGCAUUUGCUGGAUUGCGGCGUGUGCUUGGUUUGGACACCGGAGCUCCUGCUUCGAUCUGGCCGAGCUCGUUUGGGGCACCAAUUAGCAAGUAGAUCCGGUGCUGCCACUGCCAUCUCCCCGAUCGACCUCGCCCGUGGCAAGGAAAUGCCCGUGGAAUGAGAGGGACAGGCCCGGGAGGGGAGCAGCCCGAAGUAGCCAUUCGAGCGCGUGCGAAAGAGGAGGGAAGGCGACAGCUUGGGCAGGAAGGAGCUAGCUAGAGGAGAGCAUGGACUGGGAUCUCAAGGCGCCGGGCGCGUGGGACCUCGCGGAGCUGGAGCACGACCACGCAGGCGGCGCGGCGGCGGCGGCGGCGGGAGCGGCGGGGACGUCCGGCGGCCACGGCAAUGCGGCCGCCUCGGCGUACCGCCCGCCCGGGGCGCUCGAGUGCUCGGUGGACCUCAAGCUCGGCGGGCUGGGCGAGUGCGAGCUCGGCGCGGCGCCGGCACGCAGGCAGCCCGCCGCCGCCGCCGCGGGGAAGGCCCCAGCCCCCGCAGCCUCCGGGGCGGCGGCGGCGGCGGGCCCGUCGUCGCCCGGCCCCGGUGCGCCGGCGAAGCGGCCGCGCCCGGCGGGCGGCGGCGGGCAGCAGCAGCAGCAGUGCCCGUCGUGCGCGGUGGAGGGGUGCACAGCGGACCUGAGCAAGUGCCGCGACUACCACCGGCGGCACAAGGUGUGCGAGGCGCACUCCAAGACGCCCGUCGUCGUCGUCGCCGGCCGCGAGAUGCGCUUCUGCCAGCAGUGCAGCAGGUUUCACUUACUUGCGGAGUUCGACGACACCAAGCGCAGCUGUAGGAAGCGCCUAGAUGGGCACAAUCGCCGCCGCAGGAAGCCACAACCAGAUACCAUGGCUUCUGCAAGCUUCAUCGCGAGUCAACAAGGGACACGAUUCUCACCAUUUGCAGCUCCGAGACUUGAUGCGAACUGGCCGGGCGUAAUCAAAACCGAGGAGAGUCCAUACUACACUCACCAGAUCCCUCUGGGCACCAGCAACAGGCAUCAUUUCGUCGGCUCGUCGUCUGCUUACGCCAAAGAAGGCCGCCGCUUCCCUUUCCUGCAGGAGGGCGAGAUAAAUUUUGCCACCGGCGUGGUGCUGGAGGCUCCAGCUUCCGCGCGCCAGCCGGUCCUCAAGACGGCAGCACCUCCCGAGAGCAGCAGCGGCAGCACCGGCGGGAAGAUGUUCUCCGACGGGCUGACCCGCGUGCUCGACUCGGAUUGUGCUCUCUCUCUUCUGUCAGCUCCGGCGAACUCCUCCGGCAUCGACGUCAGCAGGAUGGUGCGGCCGACUGAACACGUCCCUAUGGCGCAGCCCGUGGUGUCGGGCCUGCAGUUCGGCAGCCCGUCGUGGUUCUCGCGCCCCCAGGCUUCCGCGGGCGGCGCCGCCGCGGCCACGGCAGGGUUCCCCCCCUGCCCCGUGGCGGAGGGCGGGCAGCAGCUGAAUACCGUGCUGAGCUCCAACGACAACGAGAUGAACUACAGCGGGAUGUUCCACGUCGGCGGCAGCGGCGGCGGCGGCGGCGGCGAGGGCUCCUCGGACGGCACCUCUUCGUCGCUGCCCUUCUCGUGGCAGUAGUUCUCACUUCUCAGCGGCUGUUCUUGCGUGCUUCCGAUCUGGUUGAGCAAUUCGCUUCAGUGAAUGAUCACUGAUCAGCACUGGUUUCUGUCUUUUCUGCAUCCAUUUGAUUUUCUCGAAUCGAUUCUACUCACCAGCAUUCAUGUGGACAAGCUGAGCAUAAUUCGGUGCUCGUUUUCCUGAAAUUACCUUCGCUGUUGUGGUGCC